UGAUAGUGCUGAUAGUGCUGAUAGUGCUGAUAGUGCUGAUAGUGCUGAUAGUGCUGAUAGUGCUGAUAGUGCUGAUAGUGCUGAUAGUGCUGAUAGUGCUGAUAGUGCUGAUAGUGCUGAUAGUGCUGAUAGUGCUGAUAGUGCUGAUGGAGAAUACUACGAGCAAUGGAGCGUAUGGUCAUCGUGUGAGAAUCAGAGCUAUAAGUACAGAAGUCGAGGAUGCAAGGAAGGGUACAAAUGUGAAGACUUAGCUAUGCUAAAAGACGUAGAGGAGUGUGCUGAUAGUGCUGAUAGUGCUGAUAGUGCUGAUAGUGCUGAUAGUGCUGAUAGUGCUGAUAGUGCUGAUAGUGCUGAUGGAGAAUACUACGAGCAAUGGAGCGUAUGGUCAUCGUGUGAGAAUCAGAGAUAUAAGUACAGCUAUGCUAAAAGACGUAGAGGAGUGUGCUGAUAGUGCUGAUAGUGCUGAUAGUGCUGAUAGUGCUGAUGGUGCUGAUAGUGCUGAUAGUGCUGAUGGUGCUGAUGGUGCUGAUAGUGCUGAUAGUGCUGAUAGUGCUGAUAGUGCUGAUGGUGCUGAUAGUGCUGAUAGUGCUGAUAGUGCUGAUAGUGCUGAUAGUGCUGAUGGUGCUGAUGGUGCUGAUAGUGCUGAUAGUGCUGACAGUGCUGAUGGUGCUGAUAGUGCUGAUAGUGCUGAUAGUGCUGAAGAAAGUUUUGAUGGGACAAAUUCAGAUGGCAGAGAUCUUAUUGACAUGUACGGAGAGUGGAGCGAGUGGAGUGACUGUAAGAACAUGCAGAUAACACUAAGAACUAGACAGUGUAGAGACGAGAACACGUGUCUUCAGAAACCCGAACUGACAAGUGAAGUAGCUGAAUGUCAGCAGCCGUCUUCUUCAGACGAGGUGUUGGGACCAUGGAUAAAUCAGGGAGCUUGUCAAGUUGGUGCAAUACAAUGUGGAGAUGGGGAGCAGAUGAAAGUCAGGCAGUGUUACCUUGAUCAACCCAGAUCCUGCCCCGAGCAAAGCUUCCAAUCUUCCGAGUGUGACGAUUCAAACUUCUUCGAGUGCACCAAACUCUUCAAAAUAGUCCCCUGCAGCAUACAAUGUGACGAUGAUGAAGAUGCAGAACGCAGCAAAGAAGAGUGGAUUACUUACCAGGAAUGUGUUAUGACGGAUCCGCAGACUAAUUGUGGGGCUGGUGUCCAGCUAAAAAUACGGUCCUGUUUCCAAAGAGGAGAGUGCACCAAAGAAGAGCUUGGGUGCAGCGACAAAAUGGACUUACUAAACUGCACAGCUUUGAUGAAAUCAGAAGUCUGCUCACUGCCUUGCCCCCUUGACUGGAAACAGAUAGAUAAAGACUGCGAUAACAAAGAUUGUGCUGUGACAGUUAACAUGACGAAAUAUUUUGUAGAGAUGAAGUACAAAUCCUCCAACGCAUUUUACGGAGCUGUGGAGCUUAUCGGAGACAAGGGCAAAAUAGGUUUUAUAGCUUGGGGUUUUUCUGGGGUUUUCAUUGAAGGCUGUGGCGGAUUGACGCGGUUCAAAGGCCGAGAGGGACCUGUUCAUGUCGACCAAGAUCGGGAGAUUACCUGGACACUUUACAUCUCAGAUGAGGAGAUGUUGUUAGUGAUGGGAGGUAUUCUCUCUCACCGGAUGAAGAUGGAUGGGUGUAAAUCUAAAUACGCUGCCAGUAGGAUCAAUACUGCGGGUUUUAGGAACUUCAGAGCUGUUCAUGCUAGAUACCGAUUUGUGGAGAAAGGAAGCGAAGGUAUCUGGGAGAAUAUCGGAGACUGUUACCCAGACAACGCGAGCUCCCAGUGCGGUCAGGGAACCCAGAUACAGGGGAGAGCGUGUCUGAGGACGGGAGGGUGUCCCCCCUUGAUGGAACUGGUGGAGGAUUGUCCGGCUGGGUCCCCCCUGGGAUGUACUGGGUUGGUCAGAUCGGCGGAAUGUCAGACGCCUUGUCCUGAGAAUAUAAUUGAGAUAGGAAAGAGAGAGCAGUCUAACACUCCAGGAUCUCUGGUAGAGUAUGGAAACGGCAUCUGCCAUCUCCCUUACAGCAAAAGUUGUGGUGAAGGUGAGAUAGUGAUGGUAUUUUCUUGUUUCCUCUCCGGUUCCUGCCCGGCUGAGUAUCUCGGAAUGCAGGAGGGCUGUUCUUCUCAUAACUUUCUGGACUGUUCUCUGUUGUUCUCUGCACUUCCGUGCCACGUGCCCUGCCCUGUUGAACGAAAGUUAGGAGAGUGGGAAGACGCAGGAGACUGCGAAGUUUUAGGAAAGAGCGGAUGUGGACCUAACCACGGUUCCCAGUUCCAAACUAGAUCUUGUGUUAGAACCAAGUCUUGUCAGCUUACCACUACUACUAAGGAGUGCUCUGAUCCAUGGCACUGUUCUCAGUUCUUCAGAUCAGUACCAUGUGCGGUAGAAUGCGAGGAACAACUAGGAGAGUGGGUGGAAAUGCACCACUGCGUACCAAUCGCAGGUAACUGUGGAGACGGUAACCAGGUACAAGUCAGGUCAUGUCACGUGACCCACACCUGCCCCACGUGGGCUAGCAGCACGCUGUCCUGCCAGGGUGAUUUAACUGAGUGCUCGGAACUAUUCCGGUCGGUGCCCUGUCACGUGCUGUGUCCGGAGGAGAAGGUGUGGGAGGAGAUGGGCAACUGUUUAGUAGGCGGAGGAGAAGGAGGAGGAGGAGACUGUGGGGAGGGGACCCAGAUUUUAGCACAUGAGUGUGUGGGGACGGACACGUGCUCGGAAUUGUUUAGUUGUCAGACCAGCUCGUCUUUCUCUUGUUCUGAUGCUUUUAGUAGUCAGCCGUGUACUGUGGAGUGUCAUCCUGAGCUUGGACAUUUCGUUAGCGUGGGAGGGUGUCUUGUGGAGGAUGGCAAAAAUUGUGGUGAAGGGCACUAUGUAUCGGUUUACUCGUGUUUCUUCAACAAUACGUGUCCGGGACCUCUAUACUCUUGUCAGAACUUCCUCGAUUGUCCCGAGCUAUUCCGGCUCUCGCCCUGUUCCGUGGAGUGCGCUGAUCCGUUGGGAGAUUGGGAGAAACACGGACAAUGCCACGUGGUCCCGGGGAAUGGUACCUGUGGGGAGCUGGCGGGUACUCAGCUGCUUGUCCGGGAGUGUAUCAACUCUAAAACGUGCCCUAAAAACAAGGGUUGUACUGGUGUCCUGACUUGUUCUAGUUUGUUCAAGUUCGAGUCGUGUGAUAUCGACUGUGCUAAUGAUAAGGAGGAAGAUGAGAUGCUGGGCGAAUGGGUGGACAUCUACCACUGUAUUGCUAGCAAUGAUACCGGUUGCGGUAUCGGUACUAAACCUCAGAUGAGGGAGUGCAUGAACACUAACACGUGUCCAAGGUGGGCGAAGGAGCACAUAAACUGUUUCGAUCAUUUCAACUGUUCCACUUUGUUCAGACAGAUUCAAUGUGUUGUGGUUUGCGAUAAAACUAUUGAUGGAGGUUAUACGAUUGACAACCUCAUUCUAAAUGAAAAUUCUACACAAAAUAGCGAUAACCUUACGGUUAUAACUGAUGGAACCAAAGAAGAACAAGAAAUAAAAGGAAAAGAAGAAGGCAAAGAAGCAGUGAAAGAAGAAACGAAAGAAGGGGGAGGAGAGAACGAUGACGGAGAAGUUACUGAAAAAUUGAUAGAAGAAGAAACGGGGGAAGAGGAAAAAACAGUUGAAGGAGAUGAUGAACUUGAAGACGAAUCAAGCAGCUCAGUCGAUGAUAAUAAAGGGUUUAGCAUCCUUCCUUACAUAAUCUCUGUAAAACCAACUCAGUCUUCAGACAGAAAAGUUACCAGUAAUGCAGAGCUGGGGAAGGAUUCAAUAACAGAAGAAGAUGAGAAGGGAGAUUCAACUAAGGGAGAAGAUAAAGAAGAAAAAGCAUCAGAACAAGAAGCAAACAAAGAUAAGGCAGAAGAAGGGAAGGAAAAGCAAACAAAAGAAGAAAAAGAAGGAGAAACACUGAAAGAAAAAGAAGAGGGAAAUGCAUCUGAUCAGUUUGAGACUGAGGAUUUGAAGAAACAGGCUGUUGAACUGAAACCCACCUCAUGUGAAGCAUUGUUACAGCUGUCCACUGAUAUAUCUUCUGGUGUGUUCACUCUUUACAAGCUUAAUGGUGACGUGUACAAGACGGCUUGCAAAAUGGACAAGACAAAUUUAGAACCAAAAGCCUGGACACUACUGGGAAGUUUUGUUAAUACUGACGAAACAGUAUCUUGGGGCGGAAUCAGAAAUAGGAACUGGACAAACUCUGAAACAUUUGGACGAGCUGGGAAUGCAGAGUUAGCUGAUUUUAAAAGUGACGCAUGGAAUGCAGUAGCUGGGACAGAGAUUUUAAUCGAGGACAGUUAUGGUUGGAUGAGCUUCUACCUGGGGGACCCGAAAGUCACCCUGAUAGAUCUCCUUGGAAAAGUAGAGCACUGCACUACAGAACCCGUCAAAGGUCCCGGUCAUAACGUAGAGUCGAGCAGUUCAAAAUGGAGAAAGACUGGAGUACUUCUGAUCUACCCUGCUAGAGCUAAGGAAUUAGGUUGCAACAGGAUGGACACUAAUCCGGGUUCCACUGAGAGGACACCUGUGCUGGGUUUUGGUGGAACUCUAUGUGGUCUGAUGGGAGCUGGCAUGCUCAGUAGUUAUAACGCUAAGUCUAUGGACUGGCACAUGUCACUAAAUGAAGACACCACGUGCACAGAGGUCAGGUGUGACGAAUCAAGAUGUGGUGGACCUUGGAACAAGCUGGUACUUGCUACGUCACGUGACUAUAUUAACGUAGAAGGCGCGCAUGAUCUCAGCACGUGGGGCAAAAUUUACAUCAGAUAAUGUGUAAAUGUUGGGACAGCUAUCCCCCGCAUUAACAAGGGGAAGAAACUGAAUUUUUUCAGUUUACUGUUUGGAAUAUUUUGUAAUUUCAAUGCUAUCAUUUUAUAUUUUUAAAAGUUUUGAUUAUUUUUGUCAUUGUAUUUCAAUUUUGUGAGACACUAUUUAGAUUUUAUUUUUCAGUAGCGUUAAUAUUGUAUUUGAUAUAUCAUGAAAUUGUUGAAAUUGUUAAAUCAUGAAUUCGAAUUAUCGUUAAUCGCAAUCGU